CACACUUCAAUCACUUUUUCUCCCUCACUUUCCCCUUUUUGCUUUUUCUGCUUUAUUAUAAUUAUUAUUAUCUAUUUUUCUUUUAACAAUAACAGUGUAGAAGAAGGAACUGUGGAUCGGACCGGAGUGAGACAAAGACAAAACGCGGGGGGAAGAGCCCAACAAACCCAAAGACGACUUUUUCUCUCUCUUACACUUCCUCUCUCUCUCUCUCUCUCGCUUUCCUCUUCCCCUGACCUCCGUCGCCUCCCGAUCUCCUCCUCUACAAAGCCACGACGGCGCUCCUGCUGCAACAAUUUACUUUCCGGAGAGACUCCAUUUGAAAGCGGAUCUUGCUUUUGUUGUUCACACCCCCUCAAUGUUCACUCCCAUCCCCAACUUCCUCAGCCUCAAAGCAUUCCUCCACAUCUCCGGCAACGGCGGGACUGCCGGUGGCGGUGGCGGCCGGUUCUCCUGGGCGCUGACGACGGCGGGUGGGUCCCACUCUGCUUCCUCACCUGCUGCUGUUGUAGCCGUCACUGCCUUGGCCGGAAUCGCCGUCUUUGCCGCCAUCUUCUACACCACUAAUAGGUAAAUCCCCCUCCUAAAAAAACCCAGAUUCCAUCUCCCCUGAAAACACAGCCGGCAGAGAGGACUCGGAUCCUUUUUCUCUUUCUUACUUCACUUCUUGUUGUUGUGGUUGUAGAUUGUAACUUUCUAGGGUUUUAGAUUGUGAUUGUUAGUUGGGUAGUUUCAGAAAACUGACGUUUGUAGAAGGGGGGAAAAGGAAAGGGAAAGGGGGAUAAAAAGAGAAAACCAGAUUUCAGUUAUAUAUUUAGGUAGAUGAAAGCUCUGAGACGAAGUCAUACUUCGUCGGCGUCUUCAGAUACUACUUCUCCGUCGUCGUCUGGUUCAGGAUCAUCGUCCUCCACCACCUCGUCUUCCUCCUCCUCCUCCUGGAUUCACUUGCGUUCGGUCCUAUUCGUUGUUAAUUCCUCCUCACAAGCUCAUCACUCCCAUUUCGAUCGGGGGCGUCUCAAAUCACCAUGGUCCCGUAGGAAAAGAAAACAUGUCCUUACUCCUCAACAAUGGAGUAAUUUAUUUGCACCAGAUGGGAAACUCCGUGAUGGUGGAGCCAAGUUUUUGAAGAAAGUUCGAAGUGGAGGUGUUGAGCCAAGUAUCAGACCAGAGGUUUGGCCAUUUCUGUUGGGAGUCUAUGACUUGAGCAGUACUAAAGAGGAAAGGGAGCUCCUAAGAACCCAGAAAAGGAAAGAGUAUGAGAAACUUAGGAGACAGUGCCGUCGACUCCUUAGGCGAAGUACCGAGAACUUAAAAUUGGGUGAAAAUGAUGAAACAGUUGACAACGGAGAAGAUGGUGGAAGUUCUGCUCAUGAUACUGACUCUUCGAGUCAUGAGGACGUUGUCAGUGCCCGGGAGUCUCUUUCUAGUGAAGGAAAGAGUCCAGAUGUUGAAUAUUUAGAUGAUCCAUGUACCACACUUUCUGAAGGUGCUGAUGCCUCUGCACAAAAUACAGAGUCGUCUGAUGACUCUGAAUUGUCUGAAGAUUCUGAAGUCAUUCAGGCAUCUGCUCCAGAAAACAUAGAAGAGAACGAUGAUGCGAAUGUUUCCUCCAAAGAAGAUACUUCUCCAUCACUUCCAACUCGGCGUGCUGUUGAAGAUUUCACCACCUGGCAACGAAUAAUUCGUGUUGAUGCAGUGCGUGCCAACUCAGAGUGGGUCCCUUACUCUCCUUCUCAGGCUUCCAUAUCUGAAGUCAGAGCCCAAUGCUCAGCUGAGGCAGUCGGAUUAAAAGAACACGAUCACCUUGAGCCAUGCAGAGUUUUCCAUGCAGCAAGACUAGUUGCCAUAUUAGAGGCCUAUGCACUCUACGACCCUGAAAUUGGUUACUGCCAAGGAAUGAGCGAUCUACUUAGCCCAAUCAUUGCAGUGAUGCAAGAAGAUCACGAAGCCUUCUGGUGUUUUGUCGGGUUCAUGAAGAAGGCUCGACAUAACUUUAGACUAGAUGAGGUAGGCAUCCGAAGGCAGCUGAGCAUUGUUUCCAAGAUUAUCAAAUUCAAGGACUCACACCUCUACAGGCAUCUAGAGAAGCUUCAGGCUGAGGAUUGUUUCUUUGUUUAUAGGAUGGUUGUGGUGUUAUUUAGGAGGGAGUUGAGUUUUGAGCAGACCCUUUGUCUGUGGGAGGUGAUGUGGGCAGAUCAGGCGGCUAUCAGAGCUGGGAUCGGGAAUUCAGCAGGGAGCAGAAUUAGGCAGAGAGUGCCCCCGACGGAUGAUCUGUUGCUAUAUGCUAUCGCAGCUUCUGUGCUGCAGAAGAGGAAGUUGAUAAUUGAGAAGUACAGCAGUAUGGAUGAGAUUCUGAGGGAGUGCAAUAGCAUGUCGGGUCAACUUGAUGUGUGGAAGCUUUUGGAUGAUGCACAUAACUUGGUGGUCAACUUGCAUGAGAAGAUCGAGUCAUGAUUCUAGCUGAGAUGCUGCUGCUGCUUCCUGGACUUUGGUUGCUCCACUGAUUUAUUUGCUUUUCUUUUCUGAAGUUCUUUCAAAGGAUCGUCUAAACCUCUGCAUGGAAUCCAGAAGGCUGGAAAUGCUCUUGGCUGGUUCCUGAUGUCCUUUCGAGCAUGUUUUUAUAGCAGUUGCAUGCGAUGCUUGAAAAAGAAACCCGCACUACGAUAUUUGAUGCGGAGGUUGUUCAUGGAAUGUGUCCCUGCUGCUUUCUAAUGUUUGAAAGUAGACAUAGCCUGCAUUCCGAGCCAGUAUGAUCUUGUACUUGGGGCUAUUCUAGAAGAUAACAUUAUGUACUACUGGACUAUGAAUACAAACACACUGAUUGCUAAAUUCCCAAUUGUUUCACCCCCUUCAAUAUUACAGAAAGAACACGGCUGCUGGGAUGCAUAUUAUUUGUUAGAGUAUAAGUGAAGUUUUAUGAUAACCGACAACUGAAUUUGUGUUCGAUUGCAAUUUGAUCUUUGGGUUGAAUUUGAGAUCACUCUUGUAAUCUAGAGAGGAACACUCUCUGGCAGGUGUGCGGAGGAAGAGAGGCUAGAACUAAGGUGAGCUAAGGCAAAGUGAAGGUGAGAACUACAUGCCUAUGAUAGGUUAAAGAUGUGGAACAUCCUACAUUAUUCCCCUCUUUAACUGUUUGAUCAUUCAAAGACAAUUUGAUACUUUCCCCACAGCUCGUUCGUUGCGAGUCUGGGCUUACUGCAUGUAUAAGUUCAACCAAACUCGACCAAGGGUCACCUUGAAGCGCAAAUAUGGUCGGAGGAGAAUAGGAUGUGCACUCCUUGAUUGAAGAAGCUUUAUUCUGCAGAAAAUAUGUUCAUUGUGAGCGUUAUGAGUCUAUCUAGAGAAGAGAAGUAGCUAUUAGGUUUGUACUUUGUAGGUUUGGCAACUGGAGGAUGAAGAGAAAGGAAUGCUAAGAAGAUUUGAGAUGGUCGAUGAAAGCUGUGCAUAAAUGGAAAAUAAGAUGGCAUGUUCUGUUGACCAAUGUGCUUUUCCAUGGGGUCUAGGGCCUCUGUUUUUUUAUGGUACACCAGUACCAGGCCAACUUUCCUUGUAAUGAA